UCGUCGAGACGUCUUCUUCGUCAAAUUCUUAACCGCGCGUGUAUUUAACAAGUUUUUGGACUUUUUGAUUGGAUUUUAGUUAUGAUAUUGUGAAGUGACUGGACUGUGUUAUAUUCACGAUGAUGAUGGAUCAGGCACACCUUGGAGAGUAUUUGCUGAGGCAACAAAUGCUGCAUGCGUCGCUGAAUGGCUUGCAACACCGACUGGGAGUGGAAGCGGAACCGCCGGCGUGCAAAGCUCGCCUGCUCAACGGCGACCUCUGGCGGCGAUUCCACGACAUCGGCACUGAAAUGAUCAUCACUAAGGGUGGACGCCGCAUGUUUCCCUCCCUCCGCAUCUCCCUGGGUGGGCUGGACCCUCGCGAAGAGUACUGCGUCCUCCUGGAGCUGACGCUGGUCGGGCGUCGGCGCUGGCGCUGGGCCGGCGGCGCGUGGGCCGAGGCCGGCGGCGCCGAACCCCAGUCCCCGAGGAGGCUCAUGCUCCACCCUGAUUCCCCGGCGCCUGGCCACCACUGGACCGCCAACCCUGUCAGCUUUAGUAAGCUCAAGCUGACGAAUAAUACUAUGGACGCGCAGGGACAUAUGGUACUGACGUCCAUGCACAAGUACCGGCCGCGUGUGGUGGUGGUACGAGCGAGGGACGCCGCCGCCCUGGCGUGGGGUGCUCCGCAUUCCGCCUUCUCUUUCCCUGAGACCGAGUUCAUCGCUGUCACUGCUUAUCAGAAUGACCGCAUAACUAAGUUGAAGAUCGACAACAAUCCGUUCGCAAAAGGCUUCAGAGCGUGCGGCCAGUCCAAAUGCAAGAGAAAGAACGUCGACUCUGAAGCGUCGGAGAACACAGAGUCCACUGAGGCUAAGAGAGCGUGUUCUGACGCAGCGUCUUCAUGUUCGGAAGAAGGAAGCUUGCGCUCCGCUUCGCCGCGAUCGCCGCCUCUUGUGGAGUCUCCCGCUCCGCUUGUCGCCCCUCCUGAGAACAUCACGCCGCCUCCGCCUUUCUGCCCUCAUGAACUGCCCUAUUUAGGGCAUAUGCCAAUGCCUAUGCCCUUAGGUCUCUGGCCUGGACCCAUGGCAGCCUUCGGAUGGCCGCCCGCGCUCCCCCUUCCCCCGCCGGCGGUGCCUUCACCCCCUGUGCCGGCCCCCGCGCCCUGCCGCCGACUCAAGAGUUUUACAAUAAGCGCUCUGUUAGGCGAGGGGUGAUUCUUGCCACCAUGUAAUGUAACUUGGUGUUAGUAUAAGCUCGACGGGCAUUAUUUGCAAUAGAUACUUAAAUUGUAGAUAUUGUUGAAAAAGUUAUACGUUUGGUUGACGUGCGUUCAUAAUUACCUCGUAGGUUUAGUUGUGAAAUACUAUAUUAUGUUGUGAUAACAGUGCCUUGUAUAAAUAAUAUUUAUGUUUAAUUUUUAUUAUUAAAUGUAAGUGAAAUGUAUCUGAAGAUAAAAUAUCUCCUUAUAUUAGUGUUAGAAUUCUGUUAUAAAUGUCCAACACGGAAAAAAGGAAAGCAACUCAUUUUACUGAAAUAAACCAGUGAAUUGAGUGAAAAUCGAAAUCUGGAUAAACUUUGUACAGCUGUUUAGUACUUAAAUCAAAUGUUUAUUUUGAUUCUUUGGUUUCAAUGUCAAGUAAUAAUAUUCAUUGAACAAAACACUCAAAAAUAUUCUGAAGAAAAAAAUAUUAAAAUUGUAUUUAAUAAUACUUAAAAAAGUAAAAAUACCUAUAGAAAUAUUUUUAUAAUAAGUAAGUAUAGAAAAUUAUACAUAUAGGUAUAGUAGACCUAAUUUAUAAAUACUUAGAGUCCUAUUAUAAUUAGGUAUCUUUUGUAGA